CCUAUUGUCCAAUUCUUUCAAAUUUCAACUGAUAAAAAAAAAGGAAGCGAGUCGUCUUCUCUGUGAGGUAUGGUGAAGCCUCAAACCCUAAGCACCAAACCAGCGGUAGUGACUCUGUAAGUUCCGGCAACGGCAAACCCUAAGAAAACGGCUUAAGCAUCAAUUUUCAUCCUUCAAAAUCAGACAUUUACAAUGGAUGCUGAUUACGUCUUAAGCCCCCCAGAGCUGACUGCUUUAAAUACUGAGCUUAAGAGCAUUGUGUGGGUACUUAAAUUAUCUCUCCCAUCUGACUAUGAAAUUCGAACUGUAAAUACUUUUGCUACAGCUUUUUCAAUUGAUGAAAAUGGACUGAUAAUGACUUCUGCCCAUCUCUUUAGAAAACAUGCAUACCAGAUUAGUGCUCGUAAGUUAAAUGAUGAUAAAUUUUUGCAUGAAGCUGAGGUGGUUGAGAUAAAAUCUAAAUGGGACAUUGCAUUAUUAAGAGUCAAGAAUGUUUCUGAUUGCAGCUUUGGGAGACUCGCAACUGAUAGUUCGUUACUUGUGGGGCAAAAUGUUUUACAUAUUGGGCAUUCGGGUAAUUUCGUGGGUUCUUUUUUGGUUGGCAAAGUUGUAUUUCCUUGUGUCCGUGUCCCGCUAGACAAUCAAAUUUGUAGGAAUUACAUUUGCACCGCAUUGGAUAUCACACCUCGAUAUCGCAUUAUGGGCCAUAUAUGGAAUACUGAUGUGUUGAUGAAAGUUGAUCAACACAACUAUGCAUUUGAGGGACAACUUCACCCUCAAAUUCCCGUAAUUCAAAUUCGUGGUCUUGGGUUUACAAAUAGUUGUUCGGGUGGUCCGGUUUUUAACACUAAAGGGGAAAUUGUGGGAAUGAUGUCAAUGGGAUAUAUGGAUUUUGAAAUUGCUAUACACAGUAGUUUAUUUCAACAAGUCCUUAGCGAAAUAGUAGAGGAAAAGUAGAGGGGAAAUAGCAAACAAGAUGGUGAUUAGGCCGAUGGUUUGAAGAGAUAUCGAAUUUGAUUAUAGAAGAUGUGAAAUUUAGCAGUUUGGAAUUUCUUAACUUUUUACUUUUUGUUUAAUUUUAAUGUCAAUAUACUUAUAUUAGUUUGGUGAUUAUGCAAAGAAAUAUGAGAAUGCAAACUAUAUUAGUUUGAGAUUUAUCAGCUUUUAUUUUUGGCUUAA